CUUGCUGUGUGAACUCCAAAUCCUGCUGUGAUCCGCUUCAUGAUGUCUUGCUUGGCUUACUCUUCAGUUCAGAAGAUGAUUGCAACUUCUUCCUUCUAUUUUGACAUGUUCUAUAAUUUAGAUGUACUGUGGAUCUAUGGAACGUUAAAUAAAUUGAAAUUGAAGUAUUGGCUGACUUGCAAUGGACGUUUCGGAGGAACGUCACCAUCCUCAGUGUCGAAGAAUAAGCCAAACAAGAAACCAGCGUGAACCAGGUGGAGAGCAACGAUGGUUAGCUCUCAGUUAAUUACACGGCGUUAUAUCCCAGAAAACAGAACUCUACGUAAAUCUAUAUGUUGAUCCAACCAUAAGUAGAGUUCAAUGGUGAUAGCGUCACAGCGGACUUCCUGUUCGAAGUGCUGUUAGAGGUGGCAGGUGAUCUGUGAAAGCAGUAACACAGCUGUCAAAUCAGGCUGUUGAACGUCAUGGAAAUGAGGAAGUUAUGUACGGGCAAUUUAAGCGACGUAGAAUAAUAUUUAAAAUGACAAAGUAUAUAGUAUAACGCUAUGUAAUUUGCAUGUCUGAAAUUAUACUGUGUGUAAAUCACCUAUAACAAUAACAAUUAAUGCUCAGUGUACAAGAAAUGGCAAACAGGUAUCCACUUCAUCAGCCACAGAUGCAAUCUCAGAAUCUUGGAAAUGGUAUAACUCCAGGGUUUCCAAGACUGCAAGCUGGGAUCUGGCCACAGCUUCCACCUCAUCAACAGUUAGCAGAUGAGCAGAGUGAAAAACAGCGUGAAUACCUGAAGCAACAGCAGAAACUCAGACUCAUGACUACUACUUCUACUCCUCAAACAGUAAGUGCUGAUACAUUAAUUGAGAAUCUUCUGGGGAAAAAGGAAACUUUCAAACCCAAAAAUAGUCAACAUGGAUUGGUGCUGGGUACUGCACCUGGGAGCCAGCAUGUGUUGGGUAAUGUUGGUGUCCCAGUACAGGGUCUGGGUCUAGCCCCUUCAUAUCUUGACUCAUCUGUAAAGCCUGCUGUGAUUUAUCCUGGACCCUCUACAACAUCUGUGUCACCCGGGCCAUCUUCAGCCAUGAGUAUGAUGGGAGGCUAUGUCAUGUCUGUGUCACCUGAAUCGUUUGCUCAUGUCCCACUAUCAUCAACCAAUAAGGGCUAUGCUGCUGUGUCUCAAAUGAAUACCCAGCUCGAUGUUAAUGUACCAUCACAGGCGCAGUUUUCAUUCAGUUUACCAACAUGGGUGACACCUUCCUCACAACUUCUUCCCCAGCUUUAUCGACAAGUGUGGAAACUGGUGGAACAAGACAAUGGACUAGUUGAUACAACACGUAUCUUUCCGCUUCUUCUCACUAGCGGGUUGCCAACCGAUGUACUUGGCUUCAUAUGGGGGCUGGCAAAUCAUAAGGUAGCAGGGCAGCUAACUGAGCAAGAAUUAUACAUUGUGCUGGCCCUUGUUGCACUUGCACAGAAUGGGUGCACAUUUAACAAUCUUGGCGUUUUGAAUCUCAUUCCACAACCGCCAGUUCCGAGCCUGAAUGUUGCAGAUUUUCAGUCUGUAGCAUCAACACCCAGCAAAAAUACAGAAGUGGCUGUUACUUUGAAUCCUGGGAAGAUGAAGAGGGAGGAGUUGAAUCUCCAUUUGUCUCGUUCCAGUACGUUAUCCAUACCUACACUGUCUCCUGCAGGUGAUGAUGCAGGAUUUGAUGAAUUUACAGAUUUUCAGAGUGCAGUGUUACCAGUGACACAAACAACAGCAGCAGCAGUAACAACAACGACAGCAACAGCAGUGAUGACGACAAUAACAACAACAACAACAGCAAGUAUAAAGGAACAAGUUUUAAUAAGCAAACCACCUGAGAAUCAAAGUAACACUGUUGCCAUUUUAGGUUCAGAGGUGGGCACAGCUCAGAAAUGCCCCAGUGUGAUGGUUAUAGGCAGUAUUGGUCAUGGGCGUGGAAUUGGAAGUAGACUUGCCAAUCACUCAUUAGGCACUCCAAAACAGAAGAAAACUAAACAUCACCACCAUCACCAUCAUCGUAGUCACCCGCAAGUGGCGGCUUCAUUGGAUGAAGAUUUUUCAGAGUUUCAGCAGGCCAAAAAUCCAGGUAGCUCUGGAGAUGGAACUGCAGAUGGUAUUUUUUCUAAAUGUAUGACGAAAACACUGCAAGGGAAGACAUACUUGUUAAAAGAAAGUGCUAUUCGGGCAGAGAUGAAGUUAGAGAGCAGCCAGCAGACUGCAGGAACUGUGGAGGAUGGUAGAUUGACAUCUUUUGAAGGAAUCACGUCUAAUUUCGAGCCCACCAUUGAGAGGAAAAGUACAAGUUUAUCUUCAGAAAAAUCAAAGUCUGAUGGAGACAAAGAAGACCAGAAUGUUGCACUGGGGGUACAUAAUAUGGAAUCAGGGCCGAGAAGUAAUAUUUCAGUAUCAGGUCUACAGGAAUCAAAAAGGGAAGGCGUAAAUUUGAUGUCCAUAGAAGAGGAUAAAUACAGUGCACUUAGAGUUCUGUCAUUAAUUGGUCAGGAUACCAGUCAUGAUAAGACAGAGUUGUGUGUAAGCCCAGAACAGUCACCUGCAAGUGAUGAUUUUGGUGACUUCCUGUCUGCAGAGCCAGCACAAUUAGUGGAGGAUUCAUUUGCUGACAUAGCUGCAAGGGAAAAGGUUCUAAGUAAGAAUGUUUCAGAUCUCAGUGCUGUGGGUUUAUGGAAGGCAGUAGAGACACCUCAAACUGCAGAGUUUCAAGUUGAUGACUGGGGAGAAUAUAAAGAUGCUCUGACAUGUAAUACCAGUUCAUACUUAGACCAGACCUUUGAUAUGACUGGUGAAAAUAAAAAUAAAUUGGGUGAUACAACAAGCAAAAUUAAAACAGAGACAGACAUUUCAGCUGCAUUCAUGGAUUUAUAUCUGGGUAAUGAAAGUAGUGAUGUCUGGGAUCUGAAGGACAGUAUUGGCAUGGCCGGGGAUGAAAAGGAGAAGACUUCAGACUUCCUAAGUUUAGCAGAGCCAUCACUGGAUUUAAAUACUGACAGUUCUUGGGAUUUUAAAUUGAAGGAUGAUGGUGAUAGUCAUGAUGAUACAGCUUUAAAUGGUUCUGAGAGGGCAGGAGAGAGCAGUAAUUUUCAGGGAUUUCUAGGUAAAAUAUAUGAUGACAGUGCUAAAAAUGAGCAAUAUUCUUUAAAGGCAGAUACGCUUUGCCCCAGUCCUGAUGAUCAGUUACAUGGUGGCAGAAGUGACAAUUCUGAUAUUGAUAUUCAGACUCAUGGUAGUAAUGAUGAUUUUGGUGAAUUUGUUGGACCAAACACAUGGCCAGAUGAGCAGAAGUACAGUGUUAUGACUAAGGAUAGCCUGUUCGAUGGUCACUUAGGACAAGGGCUGUAUAGCGACAGCCAGUCAGUAAGCAGUCUAGAGUUACCACCAUUAACACUUAGUCGUCAUGGCUCUGUACCAAGCCUUGAUCUGAAAAUAUUCCCCAGCACAGCUGACAAGAGUGAUGGGAGUGGUGGCAGCCAUCAUUGGGACAUGUCCCCACAGGGGAUUGAUCAUCAAUUGAGUGAGUGGCAACGAUGCCUACAAAGCUGCCUAACUCUGCUUCAAUCAGCUGUCGAAAUAUUCAAUGGCACAUCUUGUGGAGAUGUGUUGGAUGAAGUGAUUGGCUCAACGGAGGGAAAAGCAUACCUACAGAACUUGCUGGAAGUGGCUGGUGUAAGCCACAGAGUAGAAUGCUCAUACAAACAGUUAGGGAACAGUGGCGAGUACAAGCAGCUGGACUCGCUCUUGGCAGAUAUUCACAGCACUUGGUCUUCUCUGGAGUCAUAUUAUGUGAAGGCAGAUAUAUCUGUUCACCUGGAAAUGGAUUUGCCUGUGGGGUCAGGAAAUGGAAGCAGUUCAGUUUGUGACCCAACUGUGUGCUGUGGUGUUUGUUUGACGGAUGUCAAUAGUGGUGCAAGGACAGACAGCAGUAGAAAUACUAGUCAGUUGGAGUAUGGUGGCCAUAUUUAUCAUUCGGUGUGUGCAAAUCUUUGGGUCAACUGUGUAGACUCCAGUCUGCCAGCUUUAGCCACAGGGAGCAGCAGUUUUCUAUGAAAAAGAGGAUGGCCCCUCCUUCCCCAGCGGUGACGUGGCGGCAUUGGAGCGCUGUCGUUACUACAGUAACAGACAAGUCAACACUCCUUCCCCUACCCCGACAGCAGUGACGUAACACUUUUGGAGUGUUGCUGUUGCUACGGUAAUAGGCCAGUCAACACCCUGCCAAUCAACACCAAGGGAUGCCGCUGUUGCUAUGUAGCAGUAAACAACUCCCGACAGCGUUGCUAGGCUAUCAGCAAACAUGGUGUCGGACAACAGUGGUGCCUAUUAG